AUGGAGGCUUCUCACAACACCAGGGGCUUGGAAGAUGAACAACAUGGCAGCAGUGAGUCUGGUUGGACCAUGUAUAUUGGCUCCUCCAUCCAUGAAAAUGAUCACUACGAUUUCAUUGGUGAGUACAGUUAUAAUACUUCUAAGCAGGUAGAAGGCUACAACAAGAAUCGGUGUCCCAAGUAUGAUGGCAAUGGCCACAAUGAUGAUGAGAGUGAUGACUCAAUGGCUUCAGACGCCUCUUCUGGCCCAAUUCUUCACCAACUUCCAUCCAGCAGUGACCAAAAUUUGGGGAUGGAUUAUUACAAGCAUGAACCUUUUAAGUCCUUCUCAGCAGAAAAACUUCACAAACAGGUGAUCAAAAGGGACCAAAGAAGAAACAAAUUUGGGAAGGAAAAAUUAGAGCUUAAGGCACUUAGUGCUGCUAGUCAUGCUCAAAGCAGAGACAAAGUGAAGAUAACCAACAAUUUGAGGCUGAAAGAAUAG